CUUUCUUUCUCUCUUUCUUCUCUUUAUUAUUUUAAUUUUUUCCAAGGAAAAAAAACUAAAAGGGUUCACAUUAAAAUCCCGAAUCCUUUUUCUUUUCAUUUAUUCUCAAAAUGACUGAAAAGAAAGAAAAGCUCAUUCGAGGUCAUCGAAAGGAUUCAGUUUUAUUUACACUAUGUGAAUUACAGGAUUUGAGGGCCCAUCAGAGAACAUUUGAAGGUGCUUAUUGGCGAACAGCACUUGCUGCCUUUUCAACGGGUCUCUUGAUAUUAAAAGUAUUCACUCGAGAGUUUUACAAGAUUGGCAUCACAUUUUUUGUAUUUGGAGUAGCCAUGUUGGUGAUUGCCCUUUGGAGAAGAAGAACCUCAUUUGAUGUCUUUGAUCCGACUAUACCAUUCAAGACCAGUGGUGACUGGGUUCUUUUAACGACUGUAGUGACGAUGUUUGCCUAUAUUGUCUUACUCGUCUUACUUUGGAACUUGUCAUAAAUACCAAUGAAAACAACUGAAUGAUCACAUUUUCUAUCAAACUAACAUUACUCCCACGUGGGUUCAAUCAUGGCUUGAAAAUGGGGAAAUAAAGAAAGGGCCAAUAAAAGACUGAUUGUCAUGUCUGUGACGUUUUUGAUCCAAUCAAGAAUCAACAAUGAAAAAAUAGCAUAACAAAUUCUUGUAUUUCUUUUUUUUUACUCUUUUUCUCUCUCUCUCC